CUAAUUGCACGCUAUUAGUCAGCAAAAGUGAUAAUCUCAAAUUGAUUUCAUUUCUACCUUGCGUAGGUCGUUGUUGGCAAUGGAAUCGAGCGAUCCUAUGCUUAAGAAGAAAGCCAGCCCAGCGCCCAGCUCAGCCCCUAUGCUGUGGAAGGUCCUGGCCAUCAUCUUCAUCGUAAUAAGUGUAGCACUUUUAAUUGCUCUGAUAGUUGUUGCAACAAAGCAACAGAAAGGGGCCGAGAACCAAGACUCAAAGCCAAAACCAACCUCUAAGACCACGAUGAGUGUGGAACCUUGUGCUGAUGGAAUGUCGAGUUCCAAAGAACCACCAAAGUCUUCGAGUCCUUUUAACGACCUGACAGUCAGCGAGAUCACCGCCGUUAGGGAUUAUUUACUGAAGCAGGCCUCACUUAACCUCACGGAAUAUUCCAAGGCUACAGUCGACAGCAAUUAUAUUUACUUGAUACAGUUGCUUCCGCCGUCGAAAGAGGAAGUUCUGGAGCAUCUAGACAAUAAUGGCGCCAAGCCCGAACGAAAAGCUGUUGCUGUGGUUUUCCAUGGUGCCACCGGUCCACCUGUGGUAAAAGAAUACAUCAUCCAUCCGGUUUCGACGCCAACUGAUUACAAGGUUAGAGGGAUUCCAGGUGGACAGAAAAAAACUGUUCCAUUUAAUGCUCGCCCUUUUGAUGGCGUUGUAGAAUAUAACGCACUGGAAAGAACGAUUGUCAAGGAAGCUGCCAGUAAACUCGCCAAGUUAAUGUCUGAAAGUUAUGACGGCUACAUCUACAUCGUCCCCUGUAUCUCUGGUAUGAAGUGCUUACAGUUCCUUUACACAGCUCCUAUGGGUUUUACAGGGGAGGACCGCUAUACCUGGAUCUACUUUUUUCGCGGGGAUGUUGCGGGCCAUUAUAUUCAUCCUCUAGACUUGAUGUUCCUGGUAGAUCAUGGAGGAGCGGACGUUUCUAAAUGGAAAAUCCUCAAGGUUCUUUAUAACAAUCAGACUUUUGACACUAUAGACGAGUUAGCGGGAAAAUUCGAAAAUAAUACCAUUAACAAGAUUUUUGUGCCAGCUCCAAAAGGCACAGACGCGCUAUUUUCCAGUUACGAACGUCGAGAAGUUCCUCAGCCAUUUAAGCCAAUGAGAGAACCAGUGCAGUAUGAGCCCGAUGGAAAGCGUUACACCGUAAAUGGACGUCAAAUUAUCUACAUGUCGUGGUCGUUUGAUUUCAGAAUGGAUUCCAACAGUGGCAUGCAAAUCUACGAUAUUAAAUUUAACGGAGAGAGAAUUGUUUACGAACUCAGUCUUCAAGAAGCAGCGGCUUCUUACGCAGGUUUUUAUCCAAGCCCCUCUUGGAAUAACUUUCUUGACGGCUCAUGGCGAAUGGGAAUGAGUAGUUACGAAAUGGUUCGAGGCGUUGAUUGCCCUAAUACUGCUACUUUCUUCGACUUAGUGCACAUGAUUGGAGUUGGAAAUCCGCAGACCUUUCGCAACGCAGUGUGCGUAUUUGAACUAAAUACUGGAACACCACUUCGUCGACAUUAUGAUAACAACUUUUAUAAUGGUUACAAGUUUUAUGGAGGGAUGGCCAACCAAGUAUUAGUUCUGCGUACAGUGGCAACAGUUUACAAUUACGAUUAUGUUUUCGACUUCAUAUUCUACCAGAACGGAGUCAUUGAAGUCAAGAUGUCAGCUUCUGGGUAUAUUUUUGGAGCAUUCUAUAACUCCAACAUGGACCCAUACGCAUACCCGCUUCAUGAGGAUUUCACAAGUGGUACACACGAUCACCUUAUCAACUAUAAAGUGGAUCUGGACGUUGAUGGCAGGGGAAAUUCGUACGAGACUAUCGAAAUUGGGAUCGAAAACAUCACUGAGCGAUGGUUUCCUAACAGACAACGUGUCCAGAAAGUUCUGAAACGCGAUGUGAAGAAAUCAGAGAUGGAUGCAUCUUACAAGUUUGACUUCGACCAUCCAAUGUACCUAAACUUUUUCAAUGAAAAGAAGAAAAACCGAAUGGGUGUGAAAAAAGGAUACCGCAUCCAGCUGGACAACAUGUUGAAGCAGUUGUACCCAGAAGACUGGAUGAUCACACCAAUGUUGAGCUGGUCCCUCUAUCAAAUGGCUAUCACCAAGUACAAAGAGAAUGAGACACAGAGUAGCUCUAUUUAUAAUCAAAACUCGCCAACAGAUCCACAGGUUGAUUUCCGUAAUUACCUCGCGGAUGAUGACCCCAUUGUGAACGAGGAUUUGGUUGCCUGGGUUACAAUUGGCGCGAUGCAUGUGCCUCAUGCAGAAGACCUGCCCAACACCGCCACGGCUGCCAACUCCGCUCGCUUCUUCAUAAGGCCUUUCAACUACUUUGACGAGGAUCCUUCUAUCGGAUCUACCAAUGCCAUCUUAAUUACACCGAUUGAGCCCUAUAACUUCUCAGCGCAGAAGGUGGAGCGAUAUGGCACUCCUGUAGGACCGCAAUGCAUCCCCAAGAAACACACAACUGACUUCAAGGGUACUUAUUGAUGGACAACUGUUUUUUUGUUGUUGUUGUUGUCGUCGUUAUUUUUGUUUUUGUUUUUUUUCUGUUGUUUGUUUUAUUUGGAACUGUAUGCUUACGAAUAUGUCGUAUUACUCUACUUAGUGAGGUAGAUCAAUUCAUAAUAUACCAAAGUCAAAAGCUACCACCAAAUUGCAAAAAUGUUGAGACACUUUGAAGAAAAAGUGCGGUUAGCGAUUUCAUCUGAAGGUUAAUAAGAAUGUUAGUGAAAAAAACAAAAAAAAUCAAAAGGUACUCCCAUGUACAUGAUACUGCCUAUAGCAACAUUGCAAAAGAGGGGUAAGGGGAUACAAUAUGUUGGAUCACAUGGUGAACACUUUUCUGUUCUCAAAUGUCUCAACUACUUUUGCAACUGGUUAUACCUUUAUCCUUUAAUCUUUUGAUUAUACGAUUAGGUUUCAUGAAACUCUUGUUAUUAAAUCUUGUAAGAAGGAAA